UUUGAUUCGUGUUUUUAAGCGCAACAACAAAAUGGAUUCCUCGGAUUUCUCCCUUGGUCACUUCCCUGACCGCUUUUAGACCUUUGGCCUUCGAAUAGUAGUAUCCUUCUGAAUUCUAAGUUGCUUCAUCCACCGAUAAACUUCGGAAACAUGAUAACAAUAUACUGUAAAAAUAGGAAAACUCAGGUAUUUAUAACCGUUUAUAUCAUAUUUAAAAAAAUCUGUAAUUAUGACGGAAUUGUUUUUCUAUAUCUGAAAGCUAAGAAUUCAUAUUUUUCGUCUCAAAAUGUUCACGAUGAUGAAAUUGUAUAAAACAAUUAUGUAAAACAGGUAGGUAAAUCAUUGGGUAAAAUUGAUAUAGGUAACAUUGAUAAAACAGGAAUUUACGUUAUUUACAGCGGCUGCAGAAUUGACACGGCCCUGUCAUCCAGCGGUGAAAUUCCGAAACUGGACCUUUUCUAGAGAGAUUAUUAUUGUAAAAAUUAUAAUUAUGUAACCAUAAUUAUAAGAUUCUAAGCUAUAAAUUCAAUGUGUUGCGUCGCUAUGAAGUUUUUAAUAUCAACAAUAUUAAUUUUGAAUCGAACAGCUGAUUCCGAGUUAUUUAAUCUUUUUUUUUCCAAUGUGACCGCCAAGUGGCGCUAGCAGUACGUUAUGCCAAGGAACAAAUGAUUCUUGUCAUUAUUUACGUCUUAUGUAAAUUGAACGAGUAAAAAAAGUAGUACGAUAAUAAGUAUUACACCUUUUUUCAUUUAAGAUAGUCCUAUUGAUUCGUCGAUGAAAAUCAUUGUUCUUCAAAUCAGAAUUCUGUAAAAAAAUUGCUCCGAAUGAAUUAUUAACAUUUUGAAAGUCGUAAAUGUUUUCUGCGCUAAUCGGAACUUUUGAACAUGGAAAUCGAUGAAAUCGUAAUGAAUAUUUUUGAACAAGCUGUACGUUCAGAUUUAAUCGGUUCCAGAAUAUCCGAUGCUUUACUUUUGCUAGAUAAUUAUAUUGAAAUUAGACUUGCCUCUAUCCCAAUUGUAUCAGACAAGAGGGAAGGACGAAUUGGUCGAGAUGUGGUUGUAUUUGACUCGACAACGCAUGUAGGACUUACCACACUUUCGCAAGAUGGACUUAGCAUCACGUCAGGUUCUAGAUUCAGCACAUUGAAAGCGAACACAGCAGUUUUCAAAGGAAAGUGGAUGUAUGAAUUACAGCUUGGUUCUCGAGGAGUCAUGCAGGUCGGCUGGAGCACCAUCAAUUGUCGAUUCAAUCAAGAGAAGGGCGUCGGAGACACUGUUAACUCUUAUGCGUACGAUGGAAAUCAUUUGAGAAAGUGGAAUGUAUCCACUUACAAGUAUGGAGAAUCAUGGCUUACAGGAGACAUUAUCGGAUGUGCUUUAGAUAUGGACAACAGGACAAUUAAUUUUUAUAGAAAUGGCACAGACUUGGGAAGAGCCUUUGAAAAUAUUGCGAUGGGUAGCGGCAUCGCGUACUUUCCAACGGUCAGCCUCUCGUUGGAAGAAACUUUAAAGGCCAAUUUUGGUUCCACGCCGAUGCGAUAUCCUGUAGAAGGAUACGAACCAUUGCAGUUGGCACCAGAGAAAGAAAUAACCAAAGCAACCUACUUGUUUAAUUGGCUUCAGAGGAUAAUACAUCUGUUGAACAAGGAACAACACUCCGAUAAACAGAACAUGUUACCUGACGGAACAAGCGUUUCGAUCUUUCUAAUGUGUCUUUCGAGAUUGGUUUUUAAACAUGUAGGAUCUUUAAUUACCGUUCCAUAUAUCACGGAAUAUAUCGUGAUCCCGUUUAUGCAACAACUUUCGGAGCAUGAAUCUUUCACGUUGAUAACAUGCUUAGACCUGUUGUGGACGUUUCUCGAAGAUCAUGAAAUGGAAGCGUUUUUAGAAAAUACCGUUUCGUACUUGCACUACAUGUUCAGACACGUCUCACCGGUGUUGGAGUAUCCUGAUCAAUUUAGAAGUUUACAUUUGUUGAUAAGUAUUUCUCGACACACGAGAACUCGUCAAUUCUUGUUGCAAUAUUUGCUCAUUGAUCGAGUGAGAUUCACAGAUUUCAUAGACAUCAAGCCGUUGGACGAGAAAAAUCUCACCAACGUAGUCGGAAAUGUAACGAGUUAUUUGGAAGCAUGUGAAAAAAUUAAAGCUGCCAUAUCUGAACUAGAAAAGGUACAAACGGAAUUAUUAGUGAUCUUUCUCGAUAAUUCCGAUGGUAAUGAAAAAAAACCGACCUCGAGAACUAUAUUCUUAAGAAGAUUUAGAUAUUUCAUCAAAAAGAAUACCCUAUCUAAUUGCACCCCGUUGCCGAUCGCGUUAUCUUGUUUUCACCGGUUACUGAUCGCGUUUAAAAAGUUGUGGGACGAGGAAGUAGGAACAUCUCCUGUUUACGUGCCUUGCAGGGCAUUCUACGAUGCGUCGAUCGAUUAUUUUACAAUCGAAAGGCUGGGAGGAGUAUUGUCGCACUUGAACAAAACUUUCAAAUCUGAACUGGUAGAGAAAUUAGGCUCGGAUUACGAAGUGGUCGCCUCACAGGAAUACACUCGAGGUUCGAUACUGAUCUUCGAAAGAUUCGAAAGUUGUUCGUAUGUCAUGGAAGAGAUAAAACCGCUGAAAUUGGGCCCGUUGGACUCGGCCACGUCGUUGCUGGAAUUGCUUGACGGCAUUAUUUUAUUUUAUUACGUGUUAGCAAGGAAACAGUUAGCAGACGUAACGCUGCACAGGAAUAAAAUGUCCGGAUACGUCGCUGCCUUGGAGGACGACCAGACACAGUUGGAACAAAUCAAGAACAACGAGGAUUCCGAGUCACGCGCAAUUCAAGAAGCACUGUUGCGACAGAUAAACGUGUUUAAGUCAAAAUUGGCAGAGCAAACGACAUAUAUGGCAUGGGCUCGGGCGGUCCUCUACACAGAAGAAAAGGAGGCACAAUUUGUGUGGCUAUUACAGGUGGUCACUCGAACAUUGAACAAUGCCAGCAAAGAAGGAAACUUGUUCAGCUUCACUCCGAUUUUUUACCUGGAUACGCAAGCCGAUUUAUAUAAAACUCUGCGAAAUCAUCUGUACCCGGCGGAAAGUGUCGAAAGCAUCUCAAGAUACAGAGAAACACUUCAAGACAUAGCUGUGUUCCUUUGCGAGCACUUUAUGGAUCCUCGCAUAGUAAACGCAAAUUCGAAGAUCAAGCCAGCCACAAAUUUAGCCUGCUUUCUAAUCAAUCCAUUGGCAUUAGAAGCAGUAGAAAGUAUACAGGAAGAAAGUAGAACAAAGGUUGUGAGGAACCUUCUCAAGUCGUACGUAGACGAUGGACCGUGGGCCCAAUCGACUUGGAUCUUACUUAAAUUUUGGCACGGCAACGGAUUUGCUUUUCGAUACGUCAAGAGCCCGCAUCUUUCGGAGAGAAUUGAGCUGAAGUUAUAUCCACACAUCUGGAUGUUUGUCUCGUUACAUCCUACAAAACCAUGUCCGUCCGCUGUAUAUCAGAAUCACGUAAGAGACGUGCUGUUGGAUAAUCCUCAAGAGUCUACCAAGUAUUUAAAUUUUCUAUUAAAUCAUGCAAAUUGGUCUUUUUCUGAAUUUAUCAGAAUUUUGCAAGAAAUUUGCGAUGUCGCAGUAACGGAAUCCUCGACAGUAGCCAUUACUAACGUCGAAACACUAAGCAUAUUUGAUACGUGCUUUAUGUUGACCAUAUGUUUGCUACAUGUGCUGGAGAUGAUCGUUACAGUGGCCCCAAGUAUUUUUAACAGUACCAUAGAAUCUUCCAGCGAAUACUUGUUGUCUAGACUAUGUCAAUUACUGUGUCAGGUGUUAAACAGAAUAACAUCGCAAAGCAAUUGUUUCCAGCAAAUUAUUUUACUGAAAAUCCCAGGUUUCGAUACAAUGGAUCACUUUCCAAUACUGGCGGCAGUUACAGGCGUAUUAUUAGCUUUAUUGAAGGAUGAUAUGACCAAAUCUAAAUCGCAAAGUAUAAAGGUGGUACCAGAGGUUACUCGAACCUUGUUAAACGAGCCUAGUUUUCAACUGAGUUCCCUCCAUUUUCUAUUGGGUAAUACAAACUCUGAAAGCAAAAACGAGAAAUUAAAACCGUUCUCGUUUGAGCUAUAUCCGGAAGACGUAUCGAAAGAGGAAAUACAACAAGUACAGGAAAUGAUCGAGUAUUUAGAGCAUUGUCAAUCCAUCUUGCCGGAUUCGAAAGUUGUCACAGACGAUGAUAAUGUUUGUACAAUUUGUUACGCGUAUCCUAUUGCAGUAACAUUCGAGCCCUGUCGUCAUCAAACCUGUCGUACGUGUAUCGACCAACAUCUUUUUACUGCAAGAGAAUGCUUUUUCUGUAAAGCGGCUAUUGAGAAAGUCGUAGAUCUCUCUGGAAACACAGUACACGAUUUUACUGAUUCUACCAAGAAGAGUUGAAAUUUAAAAUAAACACAUGGCUCAUA